CGCGCAGGUACUCACGUGGGGGCGGGGACUGUACGCGCACGUGUCUCACCUUACCCACCUAAGAAACAUCUUUAGGGACGCCGGAGGCAAAACCCUGCGCACUUCACUGGACACCUGAACUCUCGGGCGUCCUCUCGGACUCGGGGAGAAAACACCUACCCUGAGGCACACCUGGACUGCUGUGUACCUCGGAAUCCGCAGAUCAGCUGAACCCUUAGACGUGAGCUCUCAUUAUCUGGCGGGCGCCGGGAAGAGCCUGAUAAGCCUCCUGUCUCCUGAAACUGUGCCGGGAUACCUUCCGCUGGAGCUGGCUCCUCCUUCGCUCCCAGAUGGGCGGGAAACUGACACUGUUCUAAGUGACCUGAGCUUGAUACUGAUGGACAUUGUAUGGGCCUGCAGCAGGGAUGGUUGGCUAUGACCCCAAAGCAGAUGGCAGGAAUAACUCCAAAGUCGAGGUGGCAGUGGCUGGAUCUGUGUCUGGACUUGUCACACGGGCGCUUAUCAGUCCCUUGGAUGUCAUCAAAAUACGUUUCCAGCUUCAGAUUGAGCGCCUGUCUCACAAUAACCCCGGAUCAAAAUACCAUGGGAUCCGACAGGCCAUAAGGCAGAUUUUGCAAGAGGAGGGCCCGACAGCAUUCUGGAAAGGACACAUCCCAGCCCAACUUCUCUCCAUAGGCUUUGGUGCUGUCCAAUUUCUGUCAUUUGAAAUGCUGACGGAGCUGGUCCACAGAGCCAACAUGUACAACCACCACGAAUUCUCAAUGCACUUCAUAUGUGGCGGACUGUCUGCUGGCAUGGCCACCCUCACUGUACACCCUGUGGAUGUUCUGCGCACCCGCUUUGCAGCUCAGGGUGAGCCCAGGGUUUAUAAAACCCUGCGAGAGGCUGUGGUGACCAUGUUCAGGACCGAAGGCCCCUUGGUCUUCUACAAAGGCUUGAACCCUACCUUGAUCGCCAUCUUCCCCUAUGCUGGCCUCCAGUUCUCCUGCUACAACUCCUUGAAGCAGGCAUACGAGUGGCUCAUGCCAGCCACCGACGGAAAGAAAAGCGGGAACUUCAAAAACCUGCUUUGUGGCAGUGGAGCAGGAGUCAUCAGCAAGACCCUUACAUAUCCCCUGGAUCUCUUCAAGAAACGGCUGCAGGUUGGAGGGUUUGAGCACGCCCGAAUUGCCUUUGGCCAGGUGCGGCGCUAUGGGGGUCUUGUGGAUUGUGCCAAGCAGAUUCUGCAAGAGGAAGGUAGCCUGGGCUUAUUCAAGGGCCUGACCCCCAGCCUGCUGAAGUCUGCCCUCUCCACAGGCUUUAUGUUCUUUUGGUACGAACUCUUCUGUAACAUCUUCCACUGCAUGAAUACUGCAGACCGCCUGCACUGAGGGCAGGAAAGCCGGAGGUUUUCCCCAGAGGCAACCUGCCAAGAGAUGGAAGACUCGGUCUCCACUGAGGGGGCAUCCUGACCAUCCCUGCAGGCCUAAGUGGGAAGAGCAGGGUAGCAGCCUCACAGCCAUCAGGCUAGGACACCACAGAAACACAGGGACUUUCCCCCACAAGAGCAGGCAGAGAAAGUGCAGGCCCUGGGCUGUGGGACUGCCAGUAGCACAGAGAGGAGGACCAUGAAGUUGCUGUGUCUUCUACGUCCAGCCCAAAUCCAAAGGAAACAGAUGCCAUCCUCUCCCCGUGUGCCGGGAGAACUCUCCUGAUUGUGGAUGGGGCCGCAGCUUGAGUGCAGAGGGCUGGCCUCACAGGAGUCUGGUCCCAACACCUGGCCUGUAUUUCCCACCAACCUAUUUACAGACAUUAAAGCUAAAUGCACAUUCCUUAU